CCUCCAGAUUCCCUUCGGUUAUGCCUCCCCGUUCCUUUCUUUUUCCCUCCCAAGUUCACUCUUUCCUCCGUUUUGCGCCUACCUAGGUACUCUUUCUGACAAUAUCGAAGCUAUCAUCGGUGAGGCCCCAACCUUUCCUGAGCGAUUUCUACCGGACUUCAACCGCCGCUCGAAGCCACGCAAACAUGCGCCUCAUCUCCCGGACGGCUUCGUCCUUAGUGGUGUUACUGGUCUGCCUCGGGGUUAUCGCUGACGCUGCUGGCGUGCUGGAGAUCAACGUAGUGUUUCCGCGGAACGAGACAUAUGCGCCCAAUCCAUGGUUCCCCGUCGUCUUCGCUUUCCGCAACGCCCAUCUUGCGCAGUACCUCCGACCCCGCAUCGUCUGGUCGAUACAGAACGCGUCCGACGCGCUGGGAACCGUGCUUGGAGGCCGCGUCCAUGAAUUGUCCUGGGUCAACUGGACCAUCCAUGAGCCCUACUUUGUAUAUGGCUUCGUAGACUUGGAGGCCGCUGAGGGCCAGUGGGAGCUGUUUUGGUGGGGAGACUGGUUGAGUUGCGACUUGAGCGGCUCCGAGCCCGCUUUCAAGGUCAACAAGACCGAGCCGUCGCAGCGAUCCCUCGAGUUCACCAUCAAGGCUGGAGGGCAGGCGGUGGAUCUCGUCGCAGCCACGGCAAACGAUGACACAACAUGCGUACAACCGGGCGUCGCCCUCAACGUGACCGACGAGACGAGAUGGGUUGUCGACAAGCCGCUUGACCCUAACGAUUACGGCGAUGCGACUUGCGCCGUACUGGCCUCCUCGACCCCGACCCCGACCGCGAAUCCUUGCCAGGUCGAGAUCAACUCUGCCGCUGCCUCGAGCAUAUGGGCGUCCCUGACCGCCCGCCGUUGUGAAUACAGGGACGCCAAUGACAACCUGGCAGGUCUUGACUGCCUGAAGGACAAUGCUGCCGAGCGGCUGGCCGUCGCGGGUGUGGCAUGUUUGGCAGCGGCAUUCGGUGCACUCGGGUACCUUCUGUUGUGAACAUCGAACUAGACGUCUGGACCCCGCAACGGAAUCGGCCCCACAAUGGAAUCCUGGCACCACCACCAUUCCAUCCAUGACUAACUUCAACUCAACACAACUCAUCCACUUCCGGGCCAAAAUCAACAUGACCGCUAUCCGGAAAGAGCUUAUUCAAUUGGCUAUAGCCGAGGUUCAAGAAGGCCUUUGUUCACAGAAAGAUGCAGCGGAAAAGUACAGCAUCCCACAGUCUACCCUGAACCGACGGCUUCAUGGCGCCCACCCUCGACAACAAGCC